AUGCAGCUCCCUAGUGCAUCGACGUGCGGCUGGCGGGCACUGGCCGUCAGCAGCGUGCUGGCGGUGCUCGCCGCACCUCUAUCCCUUGCCGCUCCCAGCGCGCAGAGUGACGCCGACAGCGACAGUGCGAGGACUCCGGAGGAUCCGUUCGCGGUGCUGGAUCCGCAAAAUUGGGUCAAUCCGGACAACAUGACGUGGGCGGACUGGCGCGCGCCUCCCGGCACCGACUGGUCGAAUCCCGCAAAGAAGGGCUCGAACCGCAACUUCAACAUCGCGCUCGUCGCGGUCGACUACCCGGACCUGCCCUUCGCCGUGACGCAGCCGCCGGAGUCGACGGUCUGGGGCACGCCGCACCCCAGCGCGGCCAACAUCAAACGCCAGGACGUCGCGAACUUCUACCGCGAUUUCUUGAACAAGCCCAACAAGCUCAACCGGGGCCACACGCUGCACGAGUACUGGAUGGAGGAUUCGGGCGGCCGUUUCGGCGUGGAUCUGACGCCGUUUGGCGCGUAUAAGAUGCCGCUCAAAUCCUACCAGUACGGUGUGGGCGAGGGCAUGAACCCCGGUGCCUGCCCGGCCGGCGAGCAAUGCUACAAGGAGAUCCGCACAGACGCACUGGCGGCAUGGCGCAAGGAGGUGGGCGAAGAAAAGGCCAAGAGCUUCGAGCUGGUGUUCAUCCUCUCCGCCGGCGAAGACGAGUCAGCGACCUGGCUGGAGUUUGGCGAGAUGAAGUUCCUGAAAAAGGAGGACGUGCCGGCCAAGUUUGGGCCGCCGGCCAACGCGUCGAUUCCCAACUACGCGCGCACUCGCUAUGUAGAAUGGACGUCGUGGGCGUCGGCCUCGUGCAUCUGGCCCAACGCCGGCGGCGGGUCGUCGACGCAGGCUGAGAGCUCGGGCAUGUCGACGUUUGCGCACGAGCUCAGCCAUCUGCUGGACAUUGGAGACAACUACAACAACCCCUAUGGCAAGCCGCCGCGCCGGUCGUUCUCCGGCCCGUGGUCGAUGAUGUCGCGAGGCACGUUCAACGGGCCCGGCGGCCCUCACACGCGGUGGAUGAUUCCGCCCACGCAGGGUUCGUCGAUGGGCUCGCAUCAUACGAUUCGGGACAAAUUGCACCUGAAGCUGGUCGACCCGGCUAGCGUGCUCCGCGUGUCCCGCGAAGGGCUGGCGGGCACCGGGCUGGUGGCGGUGCGGUUGAAGGCGCGCUCGAUCGUGCCGCGCAAGGACGAGCUGAUCGGGCUGCGCGUCACGCUGGACUCGGAUCGAUCGCCGAAAUGCGACCCCAGGGCCGACCCGCUGUGCGAUGGCGGCGGCUACGACAACUACGAGAUGGAGGUGGUGCAGCGCAUCGGCAGCGACUCGUUCACGCCCGACUCGGGCGUCAUGAUCAGCAAGACGCGCAACGACGAGCGCGGCGAAGCGUUCCAGUGGACCAUCGACGCCAACCCGCAGGACAUCAGGGUCGUGGACUUCUACCGGCCCGACGGCACGCCGGCGUAUCUCACGGUGGGCGACUACCGGCAGCUGGCGGACGCGCUGUUCCACGCGGGCACGCGGUCGGGCAGCCAGUAUGAGUUCGUCGACAAGGCCAACGCGCUGCACUUCUACAUCCUGGACAUCCACCACGACCACGACCGCGUGCUCUCGUACACGGUGGGCGUGCGGUCGCUGGAAGCCCGCAAGGACUCUCACAAGCGCGGGGUGGCGGUGUCUCUGGGCAAGGCCUCGGGCGGCUCGGCCACGGGCAAGGGAGUCAGCUGUUCCUUUAAGCUGGCCAACACCGGGUCGUACUCGCCACCCAAGGGCGGCAAGCCGCUGGCGGAGCACCUCAAGUCGGACGUGUAUCGUCUCAAGGCCAGCGUCGAGGGCCACGGCUGGAAGGUCGAGCUGCCCAACGCGCUCGCGAUCGCCAAGCUGGGCGAGUCGGCCACGGUCCGGGUCGCCGUGAAGGCCGAGGGAUCCUCGACGCCGGCGACGGUGGUCAAGCUGACUGCGACGUCGGAGUCGGACGCGGGCGUGAGCGCCACUGGCGUGUGCGUGGUGGAGAAGGGGAAGGGCCAGCAGUAG